AUGUUCAUGGGCACCAUCCUCCUCGCCUGCACCUCCUUCGCCCAGCUCGACGCCUCCCUCCCCCUAGCCUCCCACUGGCCCUUCGUCUCCUCUCCUCACGACCUCGACUGGCUCAAGAUCUGCUCGGGAAAGCGCGUCGUCCAAAAGCUAGCCGAUACUCACGCUGCUGAUUCCGCGCUGAGGGAUAUCUCCUACGAGUUUGUCCUUUCCGGUCCCGCCGCGAGGGUAGAACUCCUUCCCGAGGAAGACGCGAUUGCCCGACUGCCGGAGCCGUUGAGGAGGCUGUUGAGGUUGGAUCACGCGGGUGUGUCGGCCAAGACGAACGCGUAUUAUGACGCUGGGGUGGUGGUGGGGAGGGUUCUGCCGUUGGAGAUAAGCGACGAUAACCUGCUUGUGUCUUUGGUGCUGGUAAGUUUUCUGCCGGUCAGGUUCAGGGAGAUGCUGGAGGAAAAGGACGCAAAGGCGCUGCUGUUGUUUGCGUGGUAUCAUGCCAAGAUUGGGCAGUUUGGGAGGUGGUGGGUUUGGAGGAGGGCGGUGACUGAGGGGAGGGCUAUUUUGGCUUAUUUGGAGAGGUACUAUGGGGGAACGGUGGGUGGGGAUGAGGAGCUGUUGGGGUAUCCGAAGAAGUGGUGUGGGAUGGAGGUGAUGGUGAAUGAGGGGAUGACUUGA